GUAGAAGAAGAAGAAGAAGGAGAAAGAAGCGGAGAAGAAAGGGGACAACCGGAAGCCAGCCUUGCAACACGCUCAACAUACCUGCAAGAGAAGGAAAAGACGAAAUUAGUGUCAGGCGGAAAGUUGCACGAUCUACAAACGGAAGAUAAAAUUGAGUUACAUUGUCUAGGAAAGAAGGAGGAGGAGGAGGAGGAGGAGGAAGAGGAGGAGGAGGAGGAGAUGGAGAAAGAGAUGGAGAUGGAGAUGAAGGGAAAGGGGAAGGGGAAGGGGAAGGAGGAGAAGGAGAAGAAGAAGAAGAAGAAGAAGAAGAAGAAGAAGAAGAAGAAGAAGAAGAAGAAGAAAAAGAAGAAGAAGAAGAAGAAGAGGAGGAGGAAGAAGAAAAAGAGAAAGAGAAAAAGUGCCACAAUAAGGAAAGUGCCACAGGGAGGAAAGCGCCACAGAAAGGGAAGUGUCACAGGGAUGACAGUGCCACAGAGAGGGAAAUGCCACAGAGAAGAGAGUGCCACAACGAGGAAAGUACCACAGAGAGGAGAGUGA